AUGGAGCAAGACUACAAAGCUCGUAAAGAGGCCUUUGUGUCAAAUCUUUCCGGUGGGGAUAUCAACGAGAUCAAUACAGUUGCUCUCGUGGCGUCAGUGUCGGCGCUAUUGUGGUCAUCAUUGCAGUCACGUCUCUCUUUCUUUUCUCCAUAUACCCCCACCGCGUUUUUUGUCGAUUUUCUGCUCAAUGUUGGCGCCAUUCUCUUUUCAACGACGUUAUACUCGGCCUCCCCUCUUCUCCUGAAUAUACUUCUGCUUACUCCCGUCGUUUUUAUCCUCCUGAGUUCCAGAUCGGCUCGUCCACGGCAAAAACAAGCGAAGCCCGCGCGGCCAAAUCAACAACAGAAUGCGACCGGGCCUAAUAAAUCGGACAAUGGGAAGCAAGGCCCAGAAUCCUCUCCGGUGCACCCAUUUCUAACUACAUAUCGAGCCGCAAUGAUGGUGGUAACAUGCAGUGCCAUCCUCGCCGUGGACUUUCCAAUCUUUCCUCGCCGAUUCGCCAAAGUCGAGAACUGGGGUACAUCGCUUAUGGAUCUGGGAGUAGGUUCAUUUGUCUUUUCAGCUGGCGUCGUGUCUGCCCGGUCAAUCCUCAAGGCCCAAGCUGCGGGAGCAUCGCAACAGUCGAAUUUAUUCCGGAGACUAGCAGCUGCAUCUCGACAUUCCAUACCUUUACUAGUACUCGGCUUGAUACGCUUGUACAGCGUGAAGGGUCUUGAUUAUGCGGAGCAUGUAACAGAAUAUGGCGUACACUGGAAUUUCUUUUUCACGCUUGCAUUCCUGCCUCCCUUCGUGGAGAUCUUUCAUUCGCUGUAUUCCAUCAUCCGGUCAUACGAGAUCCUGGCUCUGCUUACAAUCACGGUUUAUCAAGUCGCGCUGGAAUCUACGGACCUGAAAGCUUAUAUUCUGGUCUCGCCACGCGGCCCCGACUUGCUUUCCAAAAACCGUGAAGGUGUAUUUUCCUUUAUCGGAUACCUCGCUAUCUUUCUCGCUGGUCGUGCUAGUGGUCUACGGAUUAUCCCUCGAGGCACAGCCGACAACAAAACCUCUUCAGCACAACACGCUAGAAGGCGCGCGCUGAUUUCUUUAGCUAUUGCUGCUAUUGGCUGGACAGUACUAUUCAUAUUCAAUUCCACGCCAGCUAUGGGAUAUGGUGCCCGUAUUCCUGUAUCGCGUCGUUUGGCAAAUAUGCCUUAUGUCCUUUGGGUAUCUGCAUUCAACAAUGCGCAGAUCUUCCUAUUCUGUCUCAUAGAAACAUUACUGUUCCCAUCCGUGUACAAAGCUACUGACAGGGAGACGGAGGCAGAGAAAAGCAUCUUCGCAACAAGCCCCAUCAUGGCAGCAUUCAACAAGAAUGGUCUGGCGGUCUUCUUGAUUGCAAACUUGCUUACCGGGGCAGUGAAUUUGUCAUUCAAUACCCUGGAUGCGAACGCAUGGCAGUCAAUGGGUAUUUUGAUCGCUUAUAUGGCCUUGGUCACUGCUUUUGCUCUUGGAUUGCAGGUUUCAGGGUUGAAAUUGAAGAUAUAG